ACUCUUAUAAGGUGACCCAGCACAUGCGCAGGAUGAACAGGUGGUUGCAGGUGGUCCACAGGUGGUCAAGUCGCCGCUGUUUCUGGAGGUGGCUUCUCAGACGCCUGAUGUCCCAUUUGUCAGGCUGUAGAGAAGCUGCUUAUUGAUCCCAACAGUCUUACCUCUGCAAUCCCACCUUUGAGAGGCUAAGGUAGGAGGAUCUUGGGUUCAAGGCUAGCCUGGGUUAUUGUCUUGCAAUGAAAAGAGGAGAAAGAUCAAGAGAAAGGGACAGAGCAAGGCAGGCUAAUCCUUGUUAGAAUGAGUUUUGAUUUAGUCACUUGAUUUUCAGCCAAAGAGGAAGAAAACGCUAUGUGUUUUUGUCCAGCAAAAUCCUCCCCCAGUUAUAUAAAUCUUCAAGCAGACUCCCUGUCAGCCACUUUUUUGAACAUGCAGACAACAAAGCUGCCUUCAGGAGCUGGUCAGAAGCCCAAGAAAUACAUAGGACUCUUAGAAUGUAUGUAUGCCAACCUCCAGCUCCAGACCCAGCUUACCCAGCGACAGAUGGCUAUUUUGGAAAACUUGCAGGUGUUCCUAUCACAGCUGGAUCCAGGGACGGAGACCAAGAGCUGUUCUCUGCCUUCCAUAUAUUGCAAUCUGCUGUUAAAUCACCCGCUCCAACUCCAUAAAUGAA